ACAUAGAACUUAAAAGUCCUGAUAUCAUGAAAAUGAAAAGAUAUAAUUGAUAGGUAAACUUGAUUGGAAAAUUGUGACAUUUUUAAAAAUUAAAAUUACUUAAGUUAAAUCAAAAAGAAAAAAAGUAUUUUAAAAGGUCAAGUCGUGUUUAGUUUCCUUCUCGAUUAUUUAUCAAUUAACGUUAAAAAGAUUUACUUCACGUAUACGCAUCGGUAUUCAUCAGUAAUCAUCGGUAAAUAUUCGAAUAAUAUACUCAAGCUGAAAAGUAAUCCGUUUAACAACAAAUUUUAAGUUGACAACCAAUCAAAAUGUUUUCCAAUAAAACUCAAACUUUAAUGAACAACUCGAAAAACAAGAACAUUGUUAAUGAUACCACUUUUGUUUUGGUAACAUUGUGUCCGAUUGGAAUUGUAUUGCAUAUAAUUGGCAUAUACUUACUUUUAAAGUCUAAAAAACUGAAAAUGCAUAAAAUUGACCGACUAAUCAUUUUUAAUUUAUCUCUUACAGAAAUACUGACAAAUAUAAUUCUUUUUUUCCUUGGUAUAUUGAAUUUUGCUAGAAAGCCACAUAAAACAUGGAUGAUAGUGUCAAUGAGAACUUUUAUAUUUGCAUAUUAUAUAACAACCGUCUUACUCACGAUUAAUCGUUUUCUUAUACUUUAUCUAAACGCCAAAUACUAUUCGUUUGUUUCAAAAAAGAAAGUGAUUUAUUGUUUGAUAACAUUUUGGAUUUGCAGUUUUUUAGUUGGAUUUUGGACAGCAAAUAUAAAAGCAAAAGAACACGCCAUUUUAGAUAUAACAUUUGAUGGAUUUAUAGCUAUUUUUUCUAUAUUUGUGUAUUGUUAUGCUCUAAUAUUGUCAAGAAAUAUGUCAAAUAAUAUAUCGCUAAUACAAAAUCGAAAAACAUUUUUAAAGUCGCUAAUACUACCGGCUAUGAUUGUAUCAACAUAUCUUGCACUUACUGCCAUACCACAUUUUAUUUCUGCACAUUAUGUUUUAAAAAAAGCAAAAGCAAACAAAAAUCUGGCACUAGCUUUAGAUAUUGUUUUGGUAUUAGCAUAUUGGAAAGAUGCCGUCAUUUAUUUAUAUACAAAUAAAUUUCGAAAGUAUUUUGGCUUGAUUUGUCGCAAAAAACUAAGUAAAAAGUUUAGCUUUCAAGAAAUACAAGAAACCGUGGAUUUGGAAAAACAUUUUUUUAUGCGGUCGCAAGAGGAAAAAAAAAAUUUUUCUUCAAACUCUAAUAAUUUUUUUGUUGAUUAAAAAGUUAUCUACACAAGAAGUUUCUGUUACUUAAAUAUUAUCAACGCAAGAUUUUUUGUAAAUUGAAACAUUAUUCUCGCAUAAUAUUUUUUCAU